UUGGUAAACGCGGUUUUACAGACUUGGGAAGGACAAAUCAGAAAACAAGAACACCUCAAUAAUACUGUUCUUGUGUAAGCUCAUUAGAUUCUGAGCUAUGAAUUCGCUUUUGGUUACUACCACAACUGAAAAACAGGUCGAUGCCGCAAUUGUUUGGGAUCCUUUAGGGGGAAACCCAGUCGCUAGUUUAUCUGGUGAUAUGGCUUCAAAAUCGUCUAUCACCGGGUACUUCGGAGGUGUAGCUUGUGCAGCUGCCAGGAAACCUAUUAUACAGACUUGGAAUUUUAAUAGUGCUACCUCAGCGCACAAAAAUAUUUUGACGAAAGGAUUAGUUAGUGCUUUUGUUUUCACUCUCGAUGGAAAUUAUAUUAUCGUUGCAUUUGAUAGGGAAAUUUAUGUAUACCAGACUGUGAGUGGAUGCCUUAUGGGUGUUUUAGAAGGAUCCCAUUCUGCAAGAAUAUGUGAAAUGAAACUGUCCAAAUGGAAUUCAAACGGGCCAGCGUUUCUUAUUUCCGCUGAUAUAUCUGGGUUUCUAGCUUGUUGGUCCUUGGGGAGUCUUAUCAACGGACUAAACAUGAUGAGUACACAGAGUGCUACUGAAGUUGAGUCUCAUUCAAAUGCCAAUUUAUCAAGUGCCAAACAUCUUCCGCUCUGGUAUGUUAUUCAAGCAAGUACUAGUCAUCCUGUAUGUGCAGUUAUGGAUGAUAUAGUUGUCGUGGGUGGAUCACAAGGUCUUAAGAUAUAUGCUUUGUAUGAUGGUUGUGUUCUUGGAUCAUUACUCACAAACGUUUCUGGUGGGCUGUUAAGCCUUUGUCCUUCACCUGACAAUAAUGGAAAUCUAUUUUGUGGUGGGAAUGAUGGUUUACUAUACACUGCUUUUAUACAAUCUCAAAGGGGUUGCUAUUCUGCAGAUAAGGAAAUACAUCGUUGUUUCUCUGACUCUAAUUUUUCAGCUUCACAAAAAGCAAUAAUUAUGAUGGCGAUGGAUCCGAAUUGUGAAAUGUUAGUGGUAGGUGCGCGCUUUGGGCUAAUUGAAAUACUAAGACCUGACUCGUUACUCACUUGCGUACAGCGGUUCUCAGUGUUCAAUCCGUCCAUAACCAACGAUUCAAUAAAUACUUGUUUAACAGGUUUAUGUUUAAUACCUCGCCCUGAUUGGUUAUCUAAUACCGUUGGAAUAGAAUCAGUUGAUACUAAAACUUCAUCCAAUUCCGAUCAUUAUACAGAUCAAAAUGGAGGUUUGAACUCUUCUAAUCCUCGAACAUGUUUUAUUGAACCAUUCAAAUCCCACUUUGGUUGGAGGCUUGAUGAUACAGUGUGUGUCCGCAUACCUGAAUUAGCAGAGAAGUCGAAUUUUUCAUCAGAAGAAGCAAGCAUCUUUAUGGAUGAUUUUUACCCUGUUUCAGGUAUGAGCCAAAUAAAACUUGACAGUUUGGGAAGUGAAGAGCAUAAAGUUUUAAGACAAGAAAUUGAUCGCGUUACUGCAUCCAAUCGCGAGCUACUUCGAAGACUUGUCAAUUUUGAAUUGAGAUCGUCAGUGUGAUUUUUUGUGAAAUGUACAAAAUACACUUUUCCAUGAAAGAAGCGUAGCCCUUAGUUGCGAUAUUUUCAUUCUUGUUUCUUGUCGUCACUACUUGACUUAGUGCACAUGCUUGGUAUCUUCAGUAUCAAUGAUUUGUUUGGAUCUAGAUGUAUGCUACGAUAAAUAGAUUGCGUUAAAACAUAGUCUAGGUUUUAACUAUGUACUUUACGAACCAUCAGAGAUCAAUGACAGGCAUAAAAAGUGGGAAAAUCACUUCUUUAACUUCAAAUAGUCUAUUUUAUUUCGAAUUGAUUCUGUCCAUCGGAUCUUUAUACUGUAACACCGGUUUAAACUUGCUCCAUAAAUUUUAUUAUAGCAAUUUCCAUUAUCAA